GUAGCCCGAUGGACUGUUUUAUAAUUUCAUUUAUGACUAAAACAAAGUAUUUAGUAUGUUGGUGAACGGGGAAAAUAUCACCCAGCGAUGUCCAGUGGUCGGUAGCUUCGAGGAAACAGGAUGGAAUGUGCAGUGUCCGAUGUCGAAUCAGUGGUCGAGGCAAACAGUGGACAAUCAGUGCAAUUAUGAUAUUUACAAUAGCUUCAGUGAUUUAUCAGUGCAAUGCUACGACAGGAACUACUACCGAGACAGUGUCCCUCAACAGUACUAUCCACAAAGAGUGGUGUACACCCAGCCGCCGAGUUUUCAAGCAGACUUGCCGUGCCGCCAAAGACAGGAAUGGGACUACAAUAGCACGUGCUACAAUGUAGACGGUCAACCGUGCCAAUACACGAAUGUCGUCGACUUAGAAGACUUCAUGAACAAUGAGAAACGCAAAGAGAAAUCUCGCGUUGCGGCUCGCUGUCGGCGGACCAAGGAGAUGCAGAUCUUCGCUGAACUAACAGCUGCGUUGCCGGCGAAGAAGGAAGAGGUAGAGCAGCUCGACAAGGCUUCGGUGAUGCGCCUUGCUAUCUCAUACCUUCGAGUUCGCGAUGUCGUCUCUAUGCUUCCCGAAGACAAAGAGGCUCCAACACUGCAAAGUCCAAAAGGUCUAGAAGAAGUACAAUCCGAGCUCUCCUAUAUGAAGGCGUUGGAUGGCUUCGUACUAGUUUUAUCACAGCAAGGCGACAUUGUUUACUGCAGUGAUAAUAUUGCGGAACAUCUUGGUGUCUCUCAGAUGGAGAUCAUGGGCCAAAGCGUUUUCGAGUUCAGCCACCCAUGCGACCACGAUGAGAUCCGUGAAGCAUUACGUGCGGGCCACGACGGGAAGCGGGACUUGCUCCUACGCCUCAAGUGCACUCUCACCAGCAAGGGGAGAAAUGUACACCUGAAGUCUGCUUCCUAUAAGGUCAUCCACGUCACCGGCCACAUGCUAACCUCGUCCGAAGAGAAAGCCAAGGAACAAGAGCGUAGUACUGAUUCAGAGGAUGAAAAGAAAGGCAAUGAGAUUAAGAAAUACACCAAGUCCGGCGCCCUUGUGGCUGUCGGUCGUCCGAUACCUCAUCCUUCUAAUAUCGAAGUACCACUCAACAGCAUGACCUUCUUAACAAAACACAGCUUGGAUAUGAAGUUUACGGACACUGAUGAGUGCUUAAUGAAAACGCUGGGCUACGAUACGGAAGAAUUGGUAGGUCGUUCCUUAUACGACUACCACCACGCAGCCGACAGCGCGGCUUUGGCUCAGCAGUUCAAAUCAUUGUUCUCGAAGGGACAAUGCGAGACAAGCCAAUAUCGUUUUCUCGCAAAAUCUGGCGGUUUCGCCUGGGUCCAGACACAGGCCACUGUGAUCACCGAUAAACAACAGAAGCCGAUCAGCGUGAUUUGCGUCAAUUACGUCAUCAGCGGUAUCGAGUGCAAAGAUGAGGUGUUUGCUGCACACCAAGUGCAGCAUGCAGACUUGAAGCCGGUGGUGGCUCCAACACUGCCAGCACCAGCUCCGCAACAAAUCUGUGUUCCCACUGAACCCGCUAACGGAGCGAUAGUGGCCACUAUUCUCCCAGAAGAGGAGAGACCUAUACCCGUUACAGAACUUAUAUUUGCACCAAGAAAGAAAGAAAUGAACAAAGGAUUUCUCAUGUUCUCUCAAGAGGAGGGACUUACAAGUGAGUGGCACUUGAACAGCAAAAGCUUAGUGCUUAAAGACGAGCCGGAAGAUCUGACUCAUUUGGCACCCACAGCUGGUGACGCUUGUAUUCCUCUGGAGAAUAGUCCUUUUGAUAUGUUUGACGAAUUCAUAUUGAGCGACAACUACUGCAGUUUACUCGGCGAUGAUUUGGCUAGUGGAUCACCCGUAGACUCUCUAAUCGGUGACUCUUUACUGUCUUCACCUGAACCGCAGGAAAAUGAAUCUUCUUGUGAACAGUCGUCACUUCUGACGGAACUGUCAUUGGAUGCUUUCGAUAACAAUAGAUCAGACAAUGACAUCGAUGAUGGACAUUCGCCAUUUAUACCCACAACUGACGAGCUUCCGCUCCUUGCGCCAGCUGUCAUGUGGGGCGCUCUACCCGAUAACGUUAGCCAAGCGAGACCACAGCCGUCGGAGGCACAGACUUCGGCACCAGCUCUACAACGUCUACUCGCCGCUCCACCUACGGGCCCACAACCGCAAGAUCUCAUUACAAACAUUUAUUCAGACCAAGGUCUAAUUCCAAGCAAAAGCAUAUCGACGUGGGAUACGGGUGUAAAACGAGUUCUAAAGCAGGAAGAGGAGCCCACUGCUAAACGCGUGAAGCGCAGUCCCUCCCCAGCACCUGCUGCGAGGUCUCCGUCCUCAAGCGUCCUCAUGAACCUCCUGGACAUACAUCCGCAGGCAAAGCAGAUAAAUCAACAGCCACCAAAAUAUCCCUUCAUUAUGAAUUCCCAAAAAGUACCACAACAGAAUACCGUCAAUAGAAAUAUUCCUAUUCCCGUCAUUAACAUCAUACAAUCGACGCCGAAACCCAUGAUGCCGAUGACCAAUGGCCAAAUUAUACGUUUAAAUAUGAGUCCAAUGUCGCCCCUGACUUUGAACGUAGGAAGCCCCAUGUAUUCUUUACCCUCCAGCCCAAACACUCCGAGCUAUAGUCCCGCUAUCAGCCCAGCUCCAAAAGAACGUAUCCUGAGUCCUUACUCCACUCCCCAAUCCCUUUCGCCGACCGGAAGUUACCAAAUGUACAGUCCUAACAACAGACUUCUGUCACCCACCGGUGUAAUGCAAGGCUACGACCCUUACCUCACGACCAAGAUGCAGUCGAGUCCCGGGUUCAUGCUUCAGUCCAACGAAAUGCUGCUGGACUCCAACGUACCCCUGACAACGACGGACUUCUGGCCUGACUCUGAAAUAUUGCAGAGCACGAGCGAGCUGUUGACCGCCUUCGAUGAUGUAAAACUAGUUUAAGAAUAUAUUGAAAGAUUGUUUGCAUGAGUGAUUUCUUCUUUCCGUUGGAAGAUUGUGGGAGUAUUAAAUACUGGCGUUAAAAGCGUUUCAAUAUAUGUCCCGUAAAAAUUCUCAGUAAAGGUCUAAAGGUCCGUAUUACUCGCAACUUCACACAAACAUUCCAAUAGAAGUGGUGUUUGAAAUAUAUUACGUAGUUGAGAUAUUUCUCUCCCUUAGAAAUCACUCGAAUGAAUGCAGGGUCGAAAAUAAUCGUAAUCCAAAAGGAUUCCACACUAUUUCUCAUAGUUACCUUAUAGCCAUCGUGUUUAAUAAGCACGAUGCUGAUGACAUUUAGUACGAAAUAGCCAAUGUUGAAUUUUUUGAUGAAUUUUAUAGAUUUAUAUUAGUGAAUAUUUAAGCAUAUAUUAUAAUGAUUUCAUGAUUUAAAGUGGAAUCCUCGGUGAUACAAUGAUGUGACUUAGCGUGAGAAAUGGUUUUUACAUUAUAUUUAACUAUACAAUAAAUGUUAUCAUAUGGAUUAUGAAUAAGAAUGGGUGUAACUUAAGUGUAAGUGAAUACAAUCACGGCUAAUGAGAGUUUAAUAUUUAGGCCCAACUGGUUUCAUCGUUUAAAUAUAGAUUUAUUUUAGUCUCUAUCGAAAAUUUGUUAACACUUUGUUUUCUUCUCGUCGUAUUGUAUUCUUCCAUUAGUAUGAUUUAAUACUUUAUAAAAAUAAAGCAAAAUUUAGUGUUAAUUUCGUCGGGAGGACACUCUCGGUUAUUAAAAUUGUUAAUGAUUAUAUCGAUUCUGAACUUUUAAUUAGACAUAGUUUAAUUUUUAUUUUAUGAUCAAAAUUUAUAUACUCAGCUAGGAAGUAAGACUACGAAUCAAAUUUCGUAACCAAAAUCAUAAUACCCGGGCGCUGUCAACACAGCAUUGCUAUUCUGUAAGAACGUCAGUCAACGUCGCCAUAUUCUGACUUUUCACGCUCAUCUUUCGUGAGUUUCGAGUUUCUUCUUACAGAAUGCCUCUAUUAAUUGUAAAGAUCAAAAUUGGCAUUAAUUAAUUUGAAAGUACUCAUACCUUCAACUAUCAAUUAUACAAUCCAGACAAUUAUCGGCUUUACCUAUGUAUCUUCUUUGCAACGGUGAUUAGUUAAACAAUGUUUCUAUCUUUUUCUUAAAAAUGUCAAAACAAUGACGAAGGAAAGAGAUAAAUCAGUGUUUAAUUAUACACCUUCUAAAUAAGUUUUAUAAGUAAUGCCGUAUAUUAAAUACGUUAAAACAUUUUUCUUGUGCGACUUAUAUCCAACUAUAUAUUUUUUGUACACUCGAAUAAAUUUUAUUUAUUCUACGUAACAUUUUGUUAAAUAGUUGUAGUUUUAUGUAGAAAUCGAUGAAAAAAAUAUAAUUUAAAACAUCGUAAAAUUUCAAGUACAAUUAUCAACGUCACACAAGAAUAAUUAUCUUCAUAAAAUGCAAUCGUUAAUUUAAAAUCUCGUUAGGUUAAAUGCCUACGCGUAAAUUUAAGUUUGUUUUAGUUAGUUUAAAUGAACUUUUUAAAUAAAAGAGAGUAAAUGUAGUCUUAUUAAAGUUGACAAUAACGGUGGCUUCUUUUUUUUUGAAUUUGGAAUAUCGAUAAAUUGCCGCCAAAACCAUUGAUUAUAUGGCUAGACGUAUGUUUGUUUCUUUUAGCUUAUACUACUGUAUUAUUAUAUAAUAUUUACCGUACUGCCAAUAAUCUAUCAUAAUAUUACGUUAAAGUUAUCCGAGUCUUGUAUGAACGUCGCUGUGCCAUACACAAUUGCAUGUCUAUAUUUCAUCUUAUGUAUGCCGAUAAUUAUCAACGAUUAUAUAAAUAUACAUACAUAUGUAUACAUAUUACUUAUUUGAAAAUGUGAAUUGUA